AUGUCUUCGGAUAUUGAUAGAGCUCUUUAUAUAUUCAGUAUUAGUGAUGAUUUAUAUAUAACUUUCGGUUUAUUUGUAAUAAUAAUAACUACAAUCGGUAAUUUAUGCAAUUGUUUUGUAUUUUUUUAUAUUCCACCAUUAAAUAAACAUCCAAAUGCAUUAUUUUUGAUCAGUACAUCCAUAGGAAGUUUAUUAUUUAUAAAUACCGGUUUAUGGACAAUUAUUAUUCGAAUAUUAACUGGAAUUGAUUACAUGAAUCGAUCAUUAUUUUGGUGUAAAACAAAUGCUUGGUUAACUUAUUCAGGUGGUUGUUUUAGUUUUAUGUGUAAUUGUUUUGCAGGUUUUUGUCAAUUUCUUAUAUUAUUACCAAAUACUGAAUGGCUAAGAUUAAUAACACGUACGAGAGCAAAAUUAAUAAUUAUAUCUAUCGCUAUUAUUUAUCUUUUAAUAUUUAUUCCAAUACCAAUAUAUAAUACGAAUUUUCAACCAUCAUCAGCAACAUAUGUUUGUAAAAGUUCAUUUCAAAUUAUAAAUGUCUAUAGUAAUUAUUGGAUAAUUAUUGGCUAUUAUUUUAUGCCAGCUUUAUUAACAUUAUUGUUAUUUACUUUAAUAUGGUAUAAUUUUCAACAAUUUUUACGACGUCGUCAUUGUAUAGAAGGUGUUGUAACGCGUAUGAUACUUAUACAAAUGAGUAGUAUAUUAAUUAGUGGAAUUCCAGCAGCAGAAGAAAUAGUUGCUCCAAUCAGUAAGAAUGAAAUGUAUUUGGAUUAUGUGAAACAAGCUACAGUUGGAAUUCUAAUGGGUGGUUUACGAGUUGUAGCUACACAACAAAAACUUACACCAAAUGAAUCAUUGGCUGUAUUUUUUCAUCCAUCAAAUACAGACUCAUUGAAUAUAAUGAAUGAUCUGUUACGAAAAUAUAUUCAAACAUGUUGUGAUGAAUUUUGUUGGAUUUAUGACGAUGUUUAUAUUAAGACGACAAUUCCUUUAAAAGAAGCUUUAGAUUUAAAUGGUGCUCAUUAUAUUUUCAGUCAUUUUAAUAAAAUAUUUCAAAAUACUCGUUCAAAUCUUACUCCUGGUCCAAAACAUCUCAAUUGUUUGGCUAUGUGCACAGCAAUUAAUUAUAUGCCAUUACUUUUCUCAACAAUUUCUACUCAAUAUAAAGAACAUUGUCUAGUGGGAACAAGAAGUAGUCAUGAUGGAAAUUGGAGUGAAGCUGAAAAAAAUGUAGUCCGUGUGAUAUUACAAGAACUUGUUCAAAAAUCAAUCGAUUGGUUAAAUACAAAUAAGCAAGAAGAAUUAAAAAAAAUACCAUUUGUUUGUCAAGAAGAUGAUAGUUGUAAUCAAAAUUGGGAUCUAUUUAACUUUUCUCAAAAUAAACGAGUAAUUGCUGUUGCAAAUAUAAAAAAACUCUGGAGUGAACUUGAGCAAUAA